ACUACCGUACUGAUGCGCCUUCGCACGAUUCUGAGCCGAGCAUCAGUCACUCAGAACUUGCACUUCCUACUCGGCAACUACAAAUACACGCCUUUACCCUCGCCCUCGUGCAUUCGCCUUCUCCAGCUCGAGCCGCCAUCGGAUAGAGGAGCUGUACGCUGUUUGUUGAAGACUUACGAACUUGAGGAUGCGCCGCCUUUUCGAGCUCUCAGUUACACAUGGGGUGAUCCCUUGAUGCGUAUACGAAGCGCAAAGACUUUGCAUGAGAGUAGAGAUCCCCAGAGAUCCAGCGCUGAGCGACGAUUCCCAAUCGUUUGUGAUGACAAGAUCAUCAAAGUCACUGCUAAUCUCAAAGAUGCUCUUCGCAUGCUUUCGAGGCUCUCCCCUUCGUUGUCGCCCAAGGCUUCUCCUUCGCACUACUGGAUCGAUUCCUUAUGUAUGGACCAGGAGAAUAUCCCCGAGCGAAAUGCUCAAGUCGCUAGGAUGGCGUCGAUUUUUGAGGCAGCCGAAAGUGCCAUUGUCUGGUUGGGGAAAGAAGAUAGUUUUACAAUGGAUGCUCUCGUUACUAUCGAAAGUAUUUCGAAGUUCCCAAAAGAAUCGUGGCCACUUGUACCAUACAUUUCAUUCUACAAGUCUUCUCAAGCAGUUGGAUACACUCACCCAAAUCUCUCCUACUACAAUUGGCUUGGAUUCAUGGCAUUGAUUAACCGCCCUUGGUUCAAGCGGGCAUGGGUCGUGCAAGAAAUUGCGCUUGCCAAAUCGGCUGUUGUUGUGUGUGGUAACAAGUCUUUCUCCUGGGACAAGCUUUCAAAAACUCUAUCUUUUAUCAGGACCACCAAGUGGUAUCACCAUCUUCAUACCGAGAAGCUGCGACACAUCAAGACUCUACAAGAAAAUCCUGGCGUAUACAAGCGAGUCUUGCAGUCGAAGUUGGCUGUCGGCAUAGGUCCCCUAUAUCUCGAUUCCACCCGUCUAAAGUUGGUCGGUAAGGAUCGAUCACAUCACCGGGAAGUAAAUCAGAAACCUCCACUUCGCCAGCUUCUAGAUACACACAGAUUCUCGAAAUCAACCGACCCGCGCGACAAAAUAUACGCUUUUCUAGGGCUAGCAGAUCGAAACAUGGCGCCAUUUCGCAGCAAUCCAAACGCGUUAGUGCCGAAUUACAACCUCAGUGUUCAGGAAGUUUAUACUGAGACGGCGCGCGUACUUAUGGCAUCAUACCAAAAUCUCUCUCUACUCUCGCAUGUACAAGAUCCUUCACAGACACGUCUCUCGAACCUCCCUUCAUGGGUACCUGACUAUAGCAUCAACUUGGAUCCUUACCCACUUCGAUACCGUGGACCAAGCUUCUGGAAAGCAUCCGGAAACUUGUCAUGGAAGCCAAACACCUUCAGCAUGACAAAGGGCGAGCUAGAUGUCCAAGACUACCAAAUCGACGUAAUCGAUCAAACAGCCAUCUUACAGAACGAAUCACCAGACCCGAGUGCUUCUUGGGCCAGUAUCGUCAAGCUAGCUCUUUCGCUCGACCUCCCAUACCCCAACCCCGCCAACAAGGCUAACCAACCAAGCCGCGUCGAAGUCUUGUGGAGAACUCUAACCACCGACAUCUACAACAAAAUCUAUCCCGCACCUACACAAACUGGCUCUCUUUUCAUCGACUAUAUCCUCAAUCUACAAAUCAGGCACCGUCUACAGCCAUGGUCUAGCGCAGACACUUUCCAACCGCACUACACGCCCCUCUCAGAAUCAAUCUACCCCGAAUGGCGCACCUUAAUCCAACUCGAAGGUUCAGACUCACCAUACAACAUCAAUGUGUAUCGACGGCGACUGGCAACCGUCGUUGAAGAUAUGUUCAACGGGACGUACUCCCCCAUCGGCCUCGCCCAACUCCAGCACGAAUUCGACCAAAGCGGCGGAAAGAACCGCCGCCUUUUCCGGACGAGAGGAGGGUAUCUGGGAACUGGUGCACGGUCUCUGAAGAAUGGCGAUGAGGUCUGGAUUCUGCACGGUGCCGGUGUUCCUAUGGUGCUGCGUAUGCGACCAAACGGAAACUACCAGCUCAUCGGCGAAGCCUUCGUCUACGGCCUCAUGCACGGAGAAAUGCAGAAUCUGCAACUGCCGCGUCAGCAUAUCACUAUCGACUGA